ACACACACACACACACACACACGGCGGAAGCGGCUAACGAAUCGCUCUCGGAUUGUACUUUCUCCGCACUCGCAUUUGGCUUAGCGUUGACCGUUCAGAUUAAUGGGAACAAUGGAAGCUUCUUCCACUUGUGCAUUCAAACCAAUAUCGGGGUUUGGCCUCCAAAGCCGUAGGCUUUUGCCAAGCAAGUUUGAUUUGAGAAAUCAAACUCCAGCGUUUGCAGGCUGCUAUCUACGCAUGAAAAAGAGAAACAAUUGCUUGGGAAUUAGCUUUGGUUCGACUUCAAUGGGAAAAAUGGAAGGGAGUGUCCGAGGUUUGUUCGGAUCAUCGGUCAAGGCCAGAUCAGUCAGAGCUCAAUCUUCUGGAGGAGAUGUCGAGGAUGUUGCACCUGCCAAAAUUCAAGUGAAAUCAUCCGGAUCUGUGUUCCCUUAUGUUGGUGUUGCUUGUCUAGGAGCAAUUCUGUUUGGAUAUCACCUAGGGGUGGUUAAUGGAGCGCUAGAGUACCUCUCUAAGGAUCUUGGGAUUGCAGAGAACCCUGUGUUACAAGGCUGGGUUGUUAGCACACUUCUCGCUGGUGCCACUGUUGGUUCAUUUACUGGAGGUUCAUUGGCCGAUAAAUUUGGGCGAACAAAGACUUUUAUGUUGGAUGCAAUUCCACUCACAGUAGGAGCAUUCCUGUGUGCCACAGCUAAAAGUAUAGAGAUAAUGAUAAUAGGCCGGGUACUUGCUGGCAUUGGGAUUGGCAUAUCAUCUGCUAUUGUACCACUUUAUAUAUCCGAGAUCUCACCGACGGAAAUUCGUGGCACACUUGGAUCUGUCAACCAGCUAUUUAUAUGUAUCGGGAUCCUUGGAGCAUUAGUAGCUGGUUUGCCUUUGGCAGGGAAUCCUCUGUGGUGGAGGACAAUGUUUGGUGUUGCAGUUAUUCCAUCCGUUUUACUGGCAAUCGGAAUGGCAUUUUCUCCUGAAAGUCCACGUUGGCUUUAUCAGCAAGGAAGAACUUCGGACGCUGAAGUGUCAGCUAGAAGGCUAUAUGGAAAAGAAAGAGUCGCUGAGGUUAUGAAUGAUCUCGAUGCAGGCAGCCAAGGUUCCUCUGAACCUGAAGCUGGGUGGCUUGAUCUUUUCAGCAGCCGCUACUUUAAAGUUGUGAGUGUAGGUGCAGCUCUCUUCUUGUUCCAGCAGCUUGCCGGGAUAAAUGCUGUUGUUUAUUAUUCAACUUCGGUUUUCCGCAGUGCUGGAAUAACAUCUGAUGUUGCUGCCAGUGCUCUGGUCGGGGCCUCUAAUGUUUUUGGAACAACUGUUGCAUCCUCAUUGAUGGACAAGCAAGGACGGAAAAGCCUUCUGCUUAUAAGCUUUGCUGGAAUGGCUGCUUCUAUGUUGUUGCUUUCUUUGAGUUUUACAUGGAAGGUACUGGCACCAUACUCAGGCACACUUGCGGUUCUUGGGACUGUUCUUUAUGUGUUGUCCUUUUCUCUCGGUGCUGGUCCUGUGCCUGCUCUUCUACUUCCAGAGAUAUUUGCCUCGAGAAUUAGAGCAAAAGCAGUCGCAUUAUCUUUAGGCAUGCACUGGAUAUCGAAUUUUGUGAUUGGGCUCUACUUCUUGAGCGUUGUGAAUAAGUUCGGAAUCAGUACAGUGUACUUGGGAUUUGCUUCCGUGUGUCUCCUGGCCGUUAUGUACAUAGCUGGCAAUGUUGUGGAAACAAAGGGGCGAUCUUUGGAGGAAAUCGAACGUGCUUUAAGUCCAGCUCUUUGAGACGUUUUGUCAAGCACUUGCGGCUUUUAACCGAGGAGUUUGCAGACAUUUUGACACCAUAAUAUGGGGUCGGUUAGUCAUUUUGAUGUAUAUCACGCUGACAGUUUCUAAUCUAGUAUUUUGAAUAAUAUCCCAUCUUUCACUAGAAUUCGUUUUACAUCUUUCAUACAUUCGACAAAGAACAAAACAAACGAUCACUAUGGAUUGGUAUCGUCAAACUAAACGAAAUAAUCUAAUGAAACGAACAUCUUUCUAGUGCUC